CCUCCGGUUCUGUUCUUUGACAAAGCAGAGAAGAGCAGAACAUCUGCAAUGUGGAGUUCUAUAUGUCAGAUGGUGUUGUAGACUAGUUGUAGAAACAUGGCAACACCAUCAAUAUGAAGAGAAGGCGGUUAAUACAAUAAAUAAACCCGUUCCUCAUACAUGGUAUACGGCGUGUCGUUGCCACAAGGUGUAGUACGCUGUUGUUGUUGGGGCUAAGCCUGUAUGCGAUGGGGAAUUGUUGGGCUCUAUGUUGUGGGUUCUUCAAAAGGGAAACCAGCAGGCUCCAGAGAGGAGGAGGUUCCAAAUACUUUAGAACCAGUUCUACUGGAGAGCACUUUACCAUAGAGUUUGAGAAUCUUGUAGAGAGCGAUGAGGGCGAGAGUCCAGGAAGCAGCCUAAGACCGCUAAGUGAAGAAGAAAUUGGGCAUCUUAAAGAAAAACGGUAUAAUGCAAUCACAGAAAAUCAGAAGACAGCAGACGAAAAGCUUCACUCUGAGUUAGCUGCACAGGAGGAGAAGUUAAGGAUAGAAGAGGAGGCUUUUUACGCUGCCCAGCGCGAAGCUGCCAGGGCAGCAAUACAAAGAAAGCUCCUGGAGCAUAGGUUCCACAAGAUGAAACAGAGGCCACAACUUGCUGGGAGUGGGGAUUACCAAAAAAGUUUAGCAGCAGGGGAGGACUUUGAAACCUAUCUGCAGAAUGUAAAGGCUCAGUCAGAAGCCUUCAGGAACAGUAGAGUCACCUCUGAGACAAUUAUGACUCCAAACACAGAAAGUAGCUGCGACUUCACAAACAAAACCAGAUCCACCAAUGAUGACACAUCGCUGGACCUGGAGUGGGAGGAUGAAGAAGGGAUGAACAGAAUGAUUCCAGUGAGGGAACGAUCUAAAACCGAGGAGGACAUACUCAGAGCAGCACUGAGACCCAGCAGUAGGAGAACAGGCAGCAAUCCCACAUCAACCUCCGACGAUUCCAAUGGACUGGAGUGGGAAAACGAUUUUGUUGGCACCCAGAUUGACGAUAACGGCAAUUCUGAAUAUGCAGGGUUUGUUAACCCAGUUUUAGAACUCUCCUCCUCCAGCGACUUGCAAAAGCCUGACAGUGACCAGCAAGAUAGAUCUUGUAAACAGACAGGAGUUGUUUGAGGUGUGACCAAACUGUUAAACUGCUGUCCUAUUGGUUAGGGUUUUUUCUUUUUCUCAAGCCUGUCUUAAUUUGGCCGGGUAAGUACCGGGUCUGCAAUAUGCAGGCUGACAGACUGCGUCUGUUGCACAAAAGCGCUCUGAACUAAGUGCAAUUUGGGGUUUCAACAGUCUACAUUUUCUAGUGAUACCCAGAGAGCACACCAACCUGUAUCUUGCAAGUACUGGUUUCAUUUUGGUCAGUGAGAAAUUACUGUAAAAUUAGGGAAAACAAUGUAUUUAUGAUUACAGAAACCUUGAUUUUUCUAACUUUAUAUUAAUUCCAAUGCUCUAUAUGGUAAACUUACCUUAAAUCAUUGACUUUUGACAUUGAUGUGAAAACACUGGGUUUGUCAAGAUGGUUUCUGUAAAUAUUUCUGCAGCCCCAUCAUUGAAGCAAAAAAAAAAUGUAAAGUGUUCAUUAACAUGCUUUGGU